AUGAGUCAGACUCUCUUCUUAGAGGCACCGCCAACCCAGACCUUGAGCGGAUUCAAGACCACCGACAGCAGAAUGCAGCCCGGAAUGCCAACCGCGUUGGAGCUUCAUCGGCUCGAACUGCUGCGAGCAGCUUCUCACCAUCUCCCCAGCAUCCCGCCAAGGAACCAUUGGGAUUGCUUGGCCUUUCGACAAAUUUCUCAUCGGCUGAUCGGCUGGGAUCGGCUCUAUUCUGAACGGACCGGCGAGGAAUUCAUCUUCCAAAACUACUUCGAGGAGUCGCCAUUCGGACCUGAACUGUUGUAUGCCAUUUAUCCCCGGCUAGUCCUUAACUGGAACCAUUCACAGGUUCUAUCAGAUACAAUCAUCUUCUCGAACCUAGGCCGACACCCGGAUCAAAGAGUUGAGGAGCAGCAAGAAGAAGAUUAUCAGUCGAACGAGACGUCUACUUCGUGUGAUGCCACGGACAGCUCAAUCAUCCACUCGGACGAUUCGCAUGGAGACGAGGGACAAGAGCUAGUACUUCCGAAUCCCUUUUUCCUUCCUCUAGCACCGCUGUCCAUCCAACCCAUGGUCCAGAUCCCCGCGGCUUUCCAAUUCGAAAGGCACUCUCAGCCGGGCCCGGUAGCCCAUCAUCCGAUAACCACCUCGUCUUCUUCCAUCCCCCGCUGCCGGAAAUCUCAUCGAAUCGAAUCCGCUUGCGAACCUAUGAUCGACUUCAAAAGACGGAAGAUUCAGCCGGCUUGA